UGGAAGAAGGAAUCCCGAAGGGAAGAUCGAUCAUACAAUUGGUGUAGAAAAUGAAAGAAGAAGGAAAGACAGGCCCAACAAGUAAGCCAAAGAAGAGAACGUCGCGGAGCUCAAAGGCUGGUCUGCAUUUCCCCGUUGGCCGAAUCGCCCGCUAUCUCAAGAAAGGUAAGUAUGCCAAGCGGGUCGGUGCAGGAGCCUCUGUUUAUCUUGCAGCUGUCCUCCAGUACCUGGCUUCUGAGCUUUUGGAGCUUGCGGGCAAUGUCGCCCGGGACAACAAGAAGGCGAGGAUAGUCCCCAGACACAUUAUGCUAGCCAUCCACAGUGAUCAGGAAAUCAGCAAGCUCUUGAGCACCGUCACCAUUGCAAAUGGUGGCUUUCUGCCUGGUUUCUUCGUUUGCUUACGGCCCACCUUUUGGCCCAAAAAGAGUUCCGGUUCCUCUAGGUCUCGCGCCUAUGAUAGGUAUUGGUUUUAGUGAGUAAACGAUACGGAAUGGAUGGGAACUAGGCUGCCAUAGUGAAUAACACGGCUCAUACGAAUUCAGAAAACAUGAAAGUUAUUUUGUUGUGGUGUACGCAGGAAGCUAUCUGCUUCUUGUGUGUUGGUGGUAUUGUUCUUUAUUGUAUUGUUUGUUAUUGAUUAAAUUAAAUGUAAGUUA